CUAUCCCAGCCUGAUAGGAUGUCUCCGGUCAUGUGACGGGAAGCACUGCAUUUUCAGCUGAAAACCGAGCUAGGAUAGUCGGGAAUCGCAUAUCCAGGAGUUAAUCCCGGUAUGGGGGACAUGAAGACCCCCGAUUUUGACGACCUGUUGGCAGCAUUUGACAUUCCUGACAUAGAUGCCAAAGAGGCCAUCCAGUCUGCCCCAGAUGAGGCAGAGGGACCCCAUGGAGCUGCAGGUGCACCUCUGGGAAAGUCGGAUAGCGUGGUGGGCGUUGGGUCAUCCUUGAGACCACAGAGCCCCUCAGAUCCUCAGGCGGACACCUCAAUUGUUAGUGUGAUUGUGAAGAAUAAAGUGCGCCUUGAGGCCGUAGAUGGAGAGGAGGGGGAGACAGACCAGGACCCUAUCGAUGUGAUCGCAGGGGUAGAUGUGGGUCCUAGACUAGGUGCAUGUGCCCCUGGAAUGGCUGAAUCUGAGGCACUCAACCACAAUGGUUUUGGGGCAUCUGGUGUCCCCACACCCCCUUCCCUCAGCCAGACCCAGUCUAAUGGAGCACCGUGGUCAAUAAACACCCCUAAAGUGUCUUCAGAAGCAGCAGGUGCUAGUGCAGCCAAGUCUCACAAACAGGGUGGGAACAUUUUCAACAGACUUAAACCGCUUGUUGCACAGGGGUCUGGAGAUCCAGUGGGCCGGGCCAGGAAGAUGCAGCUUCUUCAGCAACAACACCAGCAGCAGCAGGAUACAGGCCAAGAGAGGGCAGAUGGUGUCAAAGCAUCAUUACCUUCAUCUUCCUCUCUAUCAGCUAGGUCGUCUCCUCUGGCUGCAGGUGGGGCUGUCGGACUAGCCUCACCUUUCUUUCCCCCUUCCAAGCCUCUGCUUCCCACUCCCUCUGCCCUAUCAUCACACCCGCUUCACUCAUCUCAGCCUUUUAACGGAGCUCCCAAAGGUGUCCCUGGUGGAUUUCAGCACCCGCAGAUGGAGGAGGAUGAUUCUGACCCUGAUUUGGGGAGUCCAUUAGUAAUCCAAGAGAGCCCAGACUCCCCGACUUGCACUCAGCUGAGCCGACGUUACAAGUCUGACUCUGUCUCAAUGCAGCCCACAUCUUCUACUGCAUCUCACCCUAAACCUGGGGACACUCCUUCAGGGGCAUCUCUGACUUCAUCAACACCCCAGUCUGGCUCAACAGAGAGUCCCCAGCUGGAGAACAGGCAUCCAGAACACGUCAUAGCAGAGAGAGACUCACCAGAGAGUCCUGAACCAGAGAUGCCUAAAUCUACCACUCAAGUCACAACUAAGAGGUGCUCCAGCCCUGCAGUGGCCUCCACUCCACCUCCUUCUGAACUGCGGGAGCCCAAAGAGGAGGAGGAAGAGAUGGAAGUGGGCAAUGGGGUAGAAAAGGUUGCUGAUGGCAAAGCUGACAAGGGAGAAAAUGGGAAGACAAGUGAGGAGAAGAUGGAGGUAGAUGACGGCAAGCCUAAACCUCUGUCCACAGACGGAGGAGCAGCUGGCGUUGCUGCACCUGCUGCUUCUGGAGCUCCAGCCCGACCCCUCAAAGUCAGAAUAAAAACAAUUAAAACCUCCACGGGUGGAAUCACCAGAACUGUCACAAGGGUAGCGCCUAAAGGUGGUGCUGCAGGAAAAGGUUCGGACCCUAAAGGUCAAACUGGGGAACGUAAGGUGUUAGGAAACAAGGCCCAAAAACUUGAAGCUUCCCCUGGUCACAUGACAACAACUUCCCAGAAAGUAAGUGCUCUCAACGCUCUGCCUGUGUCUACACUCGCAGCCAGCAGUGUCAUGCUAGCUGCUGCCACGAAGGUCCAAAACAAAAUGGCUGCAUCUGACAAGGCCAAGGUUUCUGCCACGGCUGUUAGCAUCACUAAAUCUGCUGCCCUGCCUGCAACUCCCUCUGUGGCCCCCUCCCCCAAGUUCUCAGUUGCUGCUGGUGGCAUCAGUGUACGUACAGCCACUAAUAAGACAGCUAACGGAGGGAGCGGGACCAUCAUAGGGGGCACCCUCCAGCCAAACAAACCUGCCUCCAUCGUCAACAGUACAGGUGCCGUCAUCUCCCGCAGUCAGUCGAGCCUGGUGGAGGCUUUUAACAAAAUCCUGAACAGUAAGAACCUUUUGCCGAGCUACAAGCCCGACCUCUCAGCACCUCCACCACCUGAGUGGGGUCUCCCACUCCCAGCCACAGGGUACCGCUGCCUGGAGUGCGGGGAUGCUUUUGCCCUGGAGCGCAGCCUGGCUCGACACUACGACCGACGAUCACUCCGCAUCGAGGUGACCUGCAACCACUGUGCUAAGAGGCUGGCCUUCUUCAAUAAGUGCAGCCUGCUGCUGCAUGCCAGGGAGCAUAAGGAGCGUGGGCUGGUCAUGCAGUGCUCGCACCUGGUCAUGAGGCCUGUCACUGUAGAGCAGAUGAUUGGACAGCAGGACAUAACACCCAUCGGUGUCUCCUCUCCUUCCGCCACAACAGGGGGCCCUGCCGCCUCGGCCAACUCCAGCCCAAUGAAGGAUGCUUCAUCUCCAGCAGCAGCUCAGCCUCGACCGGUCCGCCGCGCACCUCAAGGCCCCCAAGCUCUGAUGCCUCUGCCUUGCAAGAAGGCCGAGGGGCUGCAGUACAACAAUUUCAAAUGUCCAGAGUGCCAAACGCAGUUCUCUGGCAAGGCUGAGCUGGUCACCCACUUCCAGCAGAUCAGAGCUGCUCCCAACUCAACAUGUACGCAAUGCUCGCCUCCCAUGAUGCUGCCUAACUCGUGUGCCGUGUCCGCCCACCAGAGGAUCCAUAAACACAGAGCGCCUCAUGUAUGUCCGGAGUGUGGUGGGAUCGCCCGACAGGCCAGCUUCCAGACACAUCUGGAGGAGGCCUGUCUGCACUUUGCCAGGCGCAUUGGAUACAGGUGCUCGAGCUGCCAGGUUGUGUUCGGAGGGUUGAACUCCAUCAAGUCCCACAUUCAGACUGCUCACUGCGAGGUCUUCCACAAGUGCCCCAGCUGCCCCAUGGCCUUCAAGUCUUCCCCCAGCGCCCAAAGUCACAUCAGCACCCAGCACCCAACGCUCACUGGAGGACAGGCCAAAAUGAUCUACAAGUGUGUGAUGUGUGAUACGGUUUUUACCCAAAAGCCCUUGCUGUACAUGCACUUUGACACUCAUUUAGCCAAGCAAAAAGUGCAUGUGUUCAAGUGUCCUGACUGCACCAAGCUCUACGCCCAGAAAGGAUCAAUGAUGGAACAUAUUAAGACGGCUCACAGAGGACCAUCAGCCAAACAGACCGAGUCUCAGUCCGAUGCCUCUAACCCUGCCUCGGCCUCAGCCUCAGCCAACACAUCCGGUCCCUCUGGCCUCAAAUCCAAAUCCUCUGGAAAACCUGACAACUCUGACGGUGAGGACUGGGGGCGGGAACAGGACGAGGAAGAAGAAGAGGAGGAAGACGAUGACGAUGAUGGGGACGAGGACUACGAGGCUCCAGGAGCCAACUCGACCGCCCCGGGGGGCAGCAGUCACCCCCCCGCCCAGACUGAGUGGACCUGCCCCCAGUGUCAGACCACCUUCACUGACAACGACGACUAUCUGAGUCACGUGAAGAUGGAGCAUGGCAAGUUCCCUUGUCGUAUUUGUGGAGGAACGUUCAGCACAUCUUCCAGCCUGAGACGUCACGAGCGUGUCAUUCAUGAGGGCAACAAGAGAGUCUUCCAUUGCCAAUAUUGCACAGAAGGCAAACGCACCUUUGGUAGUCGGUUCUUACUGGACAAGCAUAUUCGGCUCCAUCACAGAACCACAGAUGGACAGGACAGACCCAUGACCAGGAAGCGUGCAGCCACAGGGGGAGAAGGACCAGGUAGCUCCUCGGAACAGGAUGGUGAGGGCGGACCUCCUGGAGGCAGAGCAGGAGAUGAGGAAGAAAACGCCACCGAGGACGGUGAGGAGGGUGCUGCAGGUCCUGCAGGUCCUGCAAAGAGAACCAGGGCGUCUAUUGCGUCAACAACGUUGGCACCCAACGAGCUAGAAGAGGAAGACAACAUUUUCCGUUGCGUCCCCUGCGGCUUCUCCACCGAGGAUGGGGCGGAGUUUCAGCGCCACAUCCCCCAGCAUCGGGCCGACACCGCCUCCUUCCAGUGCCUGCAGUGCGGCGUCUGCUUUGCGUCAGCUGGCUCUCUCAGCAGGCACCGCUUCAUCACGCACCGUGUGCGGGACACCCAUGGCGAUGCAGACCGCAGCACCCCGCGCGCUCACGGCUCUCCCGACGGCUCGCCUGCCGCCUCUCCUCAGGCGCAGGGCGAGGACGGAGAGGGGAAUCUGAGCUGCAAGGUGUGCGGCCGGCGUUUUGACAAGGCCUCAGACCUCAACACCCACUUCAGGACCCACGGCAUGGCCUUCCUCACCGCACACAAGACAGACAAGCCCCAGUAAAGGAGGAGGAGGAGGGGGUGGGGGUGUGUCGAGGGUCGUGACGGAGGAGAGAAGCUGUAGAAUAUGAAUGUUGAUCCUGAGAUGAAACAGCUGCUUCCUGUGCAGUUUUUUUAGCCACCAUAAACACUUUUACUCCAAUCUAUGGCACCUAUUCUGUGCGAUUGUAAGUGCAUGUUUGAUCAUGUUACUGGUCACUUAACUGAACACACCUGACUCUUGAGUGGAAAGUCUCUCAAACAGCCCCCUGAGUAAAGCAUUUAUAUAUCAGUCAUACUGUGUUUAAUACGUCUUGUCCUUCCAUCUCAAUCACUCUGCACUGACUGUAGCCACCUGCCUGUUAUUCCAUGUAACACUUACAUACACAAUACAUACACCUCCCACUGUACUCCUGACAGCUGUAGUGCCGAUAUUUUUGUAACCUUGUUCGUGGUCAUCAUACUCGUUUGCCUCAAGUCCACGUUCACUAUUCCGGCAUGAGAUCAGUUUUAACAGCUCCAGAGGCUUUUAAAACUGAUCUCAAUACAUCUGAAGCAUGAAGGGGAGUGUUUGGAGAAUUAAACACUGAUUUUUAUGUUGCUAUAAUAUUUAUUUAUACAGAACUUAUUACUGCUGUUGGUAUUCGUGUGAGUCGGUUGGGUCAAAUCGUACCAGACGUGGUGCGAUUCACCUGCAACUGAGACAUGAGAUGAGAUUCUCUGAAGGCAUUUAAUUAGGAGACAAGGUUACUGGAGGUGUGUAACCUGUGUAGUGUGAAUAAUGUGUGAUGCUGUUAAUCGUUAAGCUAGAAGAAGAUAAAAGGGAGGUCAGGCUUCCUGCCAGUAGUAUAUGUGUACGUUUUGCCUUGUAAAUACAUAUUACACUAAAAAGAAAAUGUUCUGGUUUUAGUAACUUGCUAUGAUAAUGUGAAUACGUAUAGUAUUUGUACUUGUACUGUUCCCUUUUUUUCCAAACAAUUUGAAGUUUAAAAGAAUCACCCCCAGAGGUAGCUAUACAUUGUAAUUACAAAGCAGAGGGAAAGCGUGGGGGGUUGUGUUGUCUUAAUGUGUAUGAAUACAAAUGUUUAUCUCUUUGAGACGGUUCUUUUUUAUCUACAGAAUCAGUGCUUGCUGUACUCACAUUUCUUUUGUACAUUUCAAAAACAGCCUUCAUUGUCACGUGAUGGAGGCCGAAGAGUGGAUUUUUUUUGUUUUUGUUUGUAUCUUUUAUAUGUCAUAUCAUAUUUAUAUAGCUCAAUAGUGGAAAUUUCAUGUCAUUUUCUUUUCCAUGGUUGUGGUCUGCUUGCUGAAAUGCCAUACACUUUUGUGCCGUUUCAAAAUAAAUGUGUAAAAGAGA